AUGGCAGGAUACUCCUGGCCAUGACUUGUAAUUUCGCUUCCUGCGUCUCAUUUUUCAUAUUUCAACGCUUUGAGUGCCAUUUGGCAAAGCAAACUGGAAACGGCAACGACAACGGCGACUGGCCAACAAGGGGAAAGGAUUGGAAUGAGUGAGUGUGGGACAUGUUCUUGUGCCAACAGACAAACCUCAAAGCGGGUUCUGCAGCCAUAA